AUGGGUAAAGAUGAUGUUGUCCAGAUGCACAAAGAUUUUCCAAAUAUUCAUAUUGUUGUUUCUCACAUGGAUAAUGUUCCUCAUGCAACACAAACACGUAUUGAUAUUUCAGAAGCUGUGAAUCAAAACAAUAUUAAAGAAUUUGUUUCAAUUCCAGCAGAUGGUGAAACAAUUGAAUUUUAA